CUCCGCCACCGCCCCUGAAGAGGGAGGGGAAGGCAGCGCUGCCAGGCGGGGCUGGCAGCAAGAUGGCGCCGGCGGUGCGGGGGCUGAAGGGCUUCGUAUGGCAGAAGCUAAAAUCAGCAGUAUUUGAUGACUUUAGAAAAGAGGAAGAAUGGAAGAUAAUGCUUUUAGAUGAUUACACUACUAAAUUACUGUCAAUGUGCUGCAAAAUGACUGAUCUACUGGCAGAGGGUAUCACAGUGGUGGAGAAUGUGUAUAAAGACCGUGAGCCUGUCCCACACAUGAAAGCAAUAUAUUUAAUAACUCCCACCAAAAAGUCUGUAGAUGGACUGAUUGAUGACUUCAUCUCUAAAUCAUCCAGCAGAUACAAAGCAGCAUACGUGUAUUUCACUGACUUUUGUUCUGACAGCCUCUUCAAUAAAAUUAAGUCUUCAUGUGCAAAAUCAAUAAAGAGAUGCAAGGAGAUCAACAUUUCCUUCUUCCCUUAUGAGUCUCAGGUAUUUACUCUCAACAUCCCAGAUGCAUUCUACCGCUGCUACAGUCCAACUCUGGAAAAGACAAAGGAUAAAGAUGCUGUACUGCAAGUAAUGGCUGAACAAAUUGUUACCUUAUGUGCCACACUAGAUGAGAAUCCAGGAGUACGAUAUAGAAGUGGACUAUCUGAUAGAGCCAGCAAACUUGCACAGCUUGUUGAAAAAGCUCUUGAAAACUACUACAGAACAGAUGAGAAAAGUCAAAUAAAGGCUAAAACCCACUCCCAACUAAUAAUAAUUGAUCGUGGCUUUGACCCUGUAUCAACUGUACUCCAUGAGCUCACCUUCCAGGCAAUGGCAUAUGAUCUGCUACCCAUUGAAAAUGAUACUUACAAAUACAAAACAGAAGGCUCUGGUGGGAAGGAAAAGGAGGCAAUUUUGGAGGAAGAUGAUGACCUGUGGGUGAAGAUGCGGCACAAGCAUAUUGCAGAUGUGAUAGAAGAAAUACCAAAACUUCUGAAAGAAGCUUCAUCAAAAACAAAAGCAGCAGAAGGAAAGUUAUCCAUAUCUGCUCUGUCCCAGUUGAUGAAGAAGAUGCCACUGUAUCGUAAAGAGAUUAGUAAGCAAGUUGUGCAUCUUAACAUAGCAGAAGAUUGCAUGAGCAAGUUCAAAUCUAACAUAGAAAGGCUCUGUAAAACUGAACAGGACUUGGCUCUUGGAACUGAUGCAGAAGGUCAAAAAGUAAAAGACUCUAUGAGGGUCCUCCUUCCAGUUCUGCUUAACAAAAGUCAUGACAGCCAUGACAAAAUCAGAGCUAUUCUCCUGUAUAUCUUUAGCACAAAUGGAACUACCCAGGAGAACUUGGACAAGCUGAUCCAGAAUGUACAAAUAGAAAGUGAUAGUGAUAUGAUAAGAAAUUGGAAAUACCUUGAUGUUCCUGUUAUCUCUUCAUUUGUUGCUCAGCAGCAUAAAUAUCCAAGAAGGGACCGCUCUAAAGAAGAAACCUUUCAGCUUUCUAGGUGGACUCCUGUUAUCAAAGAUGUUAUGGAGGAUGCUAUAGAAAACAAAUUAGAUUCAAAAGACUGGCCUUAUUGUUCCCGGUGUCCUCCCACUUGGAAUGGUUCAGGAGCAGUGAGCGCACGCCAGAAACCUAGAGCGAGUUACAGGGAGGAGCGGAGGAGCAGCGCGAGGCUGAUUAUAUUUGUGAUUGGAGGAGUCACACACUCGGAGAUGCGCAGCGCUUACGAAGUGUCUGAGGCCUACAAGUCCUGUGAAGUUGUUAUUGUUUCCUCACAAACUUUUACAUCUGCCUGUGCUUUACCUUCAGUGCUACUUGCUACUCUCACUGCUUUUGGAAGUAGGAAAGCUGACAAACUAGUGCAAAAUUGCUCACUUUGGAAGGAAGAUAAAUAUUAAAAAACCCCAACAAUCCUAAUCAAAAUUCCACCCAAAAAACUAAGCAAAUAAACCUCAAACCACUUUUUCAAUGUAGCUCAGUUGACUUUGCAACAUUUUCUAGUUUCUGUUGUGGCUACUUGAGAGGCUUUGCAUAAACCAUGCAGUGAUUAACUGCUUGUGUCCUGAAAACUCCCCUUCUUAAGAUUUGGCAAUUGGCAGCUGGUGUAGUAAUCUCCCAGCACCUUAGAGGUAGUAAAUGCUUGUUCAUUAGCUGCUGUGCUUCAAAUGAAUUUUAAAUGGCAUUACAGGAAAUAAUUAGGUGCUAAAACAUGUACAUAUAUAUGAUAGAACAGAGCUCCUAGAUACAGAACCUUACCAAAGACCUGUGUCCAUCUGUGGGGCCAGCUGAUGGCUGGGUGCAGGGUCAUCUAAAGCAUUCUAAAUUGCUUGAGAUGUUUACAUCUGGCAUUUAAACUUAGUCUUGAGUUUCAGAUGGAAGCUAUCUACCAUCUACCAUGAUUUUAAAUAAAUACCCUUCCUUAAAACAAUGACAACCUUGAUUCUGAGAUCUAGAGUCUGUUGCCUCAAAACGUUCAGGGGUAUUGUAAGUGCAUUUAUGUGUGGUUGGAGUUUUUUUGGUUUAUUUUUUAUUUGCUGGUUUCCUUGGUAGUGGUUGAGGUAGGUUUAAUGCUGGUUCUAGUUUUGAGUAGGAAUGGAAAGACCAGGACAACAGGAAUGUAGUUUAACAAGAUUAUUUGUUCAUCUGACACUUGUUUACAACACCAUGUUUAGUGUAGGUUACUCUUUCACUGUGGUAUCUGGCACUCACCACAGCACCAUCUUCCCUUUUGUUUAGAGAUGAUUCUUGUAGUUUUGUUUGUAAUUCUCAUUUCUGAGGGGAGGUGAUACUUGCCAAAUUUCCAUAUGGAUUACUGAAAGAUUAAAAUUUGGCUGUGUUCCUGAUUCAGAACUCAAAGAAUAUUAGCCCAUUCAGAGUGACACUACUUGUUGCCUUCAGAACUGUAGGGUGACCCUUCAUGGCAGAAUUUAUAAUCACUCUCUAUGAGAAUAAGAGAGGUAGUUGCGAACUACUGAAGAAUAAUAAGGAUUUUCUUUGCUGCUCAAGACUUGGAUUUUGUUUUUUCAAGGAAAUGUUAGUCAGUAACAGCCAGUUUUCUGUAACUGGUAUUUUUAUGGAACACAUUGUUUGUGAUAAUCUUGAAUCCAGAUAGUUUCUUGAUUCUAAGGUAAAGCCUCUCAUUCAUUAAUUCACUCUUUCACAGAAUGGCAGGUUUCUUGCAGGCUGGGACAAUUGAGUACAGUAAAAGUGGCCCAGGUUCAAGCCUGUCUUUCAAACAGGGCAGAGCACGACUUGAAAGUUGUAUUCAAAGUAAGAAUCCUGAUCUGAAUGUUUGAGUGUGGGAAGAGGGACAUGGUCUAUGUAAUGGUGACACUUACAUGAUGGUGCUUUAUAUGAAAACACUUUGAACUGUUGUACUUGUCAGUUUUCCAGGUACAGUAAAAAACACUGGCAUGUAACUCAUGUUUUAAAGAGAGAAUGUCUGAAAGUCAGAAUUUGACUGAUACAGUUCAUACUUAUGUUCUCU